AUGGUGAUUCUAAAACCACUUGAACAUCGUGUUCUUUCAACACUACACAAAGCUCACCCAGGCCAAACAAGGAUGGAAAUGCUUGCAUCAAGCUUUGUCUUUGGAUUCCGACAUCGAAAAACUCGUAAGGAUCUGUCCAGGAUGCGUCAUACUCGAGUUCAUGCUGAUUUCGCUGGACCGAUGGAAGGACGAUACCAUCUACUUAUUGUGGACGUCUACUCCAAGUGGCUGGAAAUCGUCUAUAACUCAUCGAUCUUCUCAACGGCUACUAUCCGAGCAAUGAAGUGCAUCUUUGCCAAGUUCAGAAAUCCAGAGACGAUCGCAGACAACGGAACGGAGUUCACGUCGCCUCAGUUCACUUCAUUCUGUCGUUCCCGAGGAAUAUUGCACACUCGCACGCCGCCUUUUUAUCCACAAAACAACGGACAAGCAGAACGUUUUGUGGACUCCUUUAAAAGAGGACUUGGCAAGCUGAAGAGGGAGGAACCAACAAUGGACGCACUACAGACGUUUCUGUUAGCAAAUCGCUCCACUCCUUGUCCGUCUGCACCUGACCAGCGUUCACCUGUCAAAACCUUCCUGGGACGCCGACUGCGAACGGACACCGAUCUAAUGUUACCGUCUAGAGAUCUCACAAACGAUUAUCGAGGUCAGAAACCCACUUGGAUUCCCGGUUUCAUCACACGCCGUGUUGGAAACACAACCUACACUGUUCGCUGUGGAAAAGAAGUAUGGACUCAACACGUAAACCAGUUGCGAUCCAGGAUUGACACAACUGCGACUAACAUUUUCUUUGAUGUGUUCGACCUACCACCACUCGACUCCGCGAGCGAGGACGAUAUUGCAACGCCGACUGUCGACUCGUCUCAACGACCGCAACGCCUUCGACGACCCCGCCGCCAACUACAGGUGGUCCCACAAAGAACUCGAUACGAGAUAACUUGGAAGGUGUUGUACGAUGGGAAUUUCAUCAUGUUAUUCGCCUAA